UCCCCCACAACGCUUUGCUUUUCCUCCUUCCACAAAAGUAGACAUGAAGCUGUGCUGAUUCAGUAAUCGCUCUCGUGACCAAUAGCCGAUAUCUUCUUUAUCUUUCUGUCAUCAAUAUCAAACAGCUUCACUCAAUCAUCAUGCCGACCAUUGAUGUCUCCCUCGACUCGACGGAUGGCGCCGCCCUGAUCGCGUCUCUGACUCUAUCGUUUCUAUACUUGAUCAAUGUCAGAGCUGCGCCUAGUGCUACGCGCAUGGUAUUCAAGACAGCCUCCACGACAUUACUAGGCCUUUUCGCAUAUCUGCGCGGGGGAAAUACACUCAUUAUUCCGGCGUUGUUGCUGGGUUCCCUCGGCGAUGCAUUCUUAGCCUGGCCUGGAGAUGAAGCCUUUUUGAAGGGCCUCAGUAGCUUCCUGGUAGCACAUCUCUUCUAUAUUGGCCUUUUUGUGCGCGCUGGAGGCGGUUUGGAGCAGAUAUGGGCGGAACCAUGGCGCCAGGGAUUGGCAGGCUUCAUGUUGCUGCUUGCUCCAGUUCAGAGCAGCAUUUUGAUGCCUCGUGUGAACCCCAAGUUGCAGGUGCCCAUUCUUGCCUACUCGUCAACCAUUCUCGUCAUGGUGUUAUCUGUGCUGACGGUGGAUGACUCUAUCAUUGUCGGAGGAGCCACGCUGUUUGCAUUGUCUGACGCUAUUCUGUCUACUGACGAAUUCGUCCUGCCCAAGGACUCGGCCCUGCGCAGUCCCAUGCAACAUGCUGUCUGGAUUCUGUAUUAUAGCGGGCAGCUCCUUAUUGCUCUAGGAUAUACAAGUGCACAAGCUUAGCAGUUGAUCAAGUAGAACUUGCCUUGGAU